GAAGGACCAUCAACAGCCGAUGGUUGGCCAUUACUUGUCUAUCUGUAGAGCCCACUGACAACAAGGAGGUGUAUCCGUGCCUAACAAAGUGAGGAAUAUGCGCUCACUUGUCGGACUAGUCGUUGUUGUUGCCGCAGCUAGCUUGUACCUGUAUUCACUGUCCCUGUACCUUCCUGCGGCACCGCGACGACGUCCUCAUCCAGCUGCUGAGACCAAACAUGUGGAGACAGCGGAGUCCGAGCAGCCCGCUGACAGCUCCGAGGAGCCCAGCAGGUUGAAGUUCCCCUCAGACUUGGAGGAGCUGAGGGAACUUGCUGAACUCCUGCAGUUUUACAAGACAGAGCACACUGGAUAUGUUCUGCUGCUCUUCAGUAGUGCAUAUCUCUAUAAGCAGUCCUUUGCUAUUCCUGGAUCCUCCUUCCUGAACAUUUUAGCAGGAGCUAUAUUUGGACCAUAUGAAGGACUGCUGCUCGCCUGUGUGCUCACCACUGUGGGCUCCACGAUGUGCUACCUCCUGUCCCAGGCCUUUGGAAAGCACUACAUCGUUAAUCUCUUCCCUGAUAAAGUCUCCAUGCUACAGAGGAAGGUCGAGGAUAACCAGGACUGUUUAUUCUUCUUUCUGCUCUUCCUGCGAUUCUUUCCCAUGACUCCCAACUGGUUUCUGAACAUGUCUGCCCCGAUUGUCAACAUCCCCAUCACCUUCUUCUUCGGCUCAGUCUUCAUUGGUCUCCUGCCGUACAACUUCAUCUGUGUCCAGACGGGUGUCAUGCUGUCUGAGGUGUCGUCGCUGGACGACUUGUUCUCCUGGGAGAGGCUGCUGCAGCUGCUGGCCAUCGCCUGCAUGGCUCUGCUGCCCGGCGCCCUUAUCCGCCGCUUCAGUCAGAAGCGUCUCAAACUGGAUGUGCAAUCACAGAACGGACUCAUCACAGAUAAGAAGGUCCAAUGAUUUGUUCUGGGAAUGAUUUUGUUCCCUGGCGCUUUGAUGCCCUCUGCCCUCAAGGCUGAAUGUAUUUUAAAGAGGCGACUCUUCAGAAAAACUUUGCCCCCAUACACGUCUUAUAUCUGGAGUGCUUCACUUUUCUGGAGCCAACAGGAGAUGAGAGAGAAAUAAGCCUGGCGCAGUCAGUGUUUAAAGCCAUGUAUUCUGUGUAACCAAAUGUUGGUGUUUCUGUGCCGCAACCUUUGUGGGCACAGCAUGCACAGUAUAUGUAUAUAGAUAUUUGAAUGUACAGCAAUGUAGUUAAGAGAGGGAAGGAUUUUGAGGAGACUUUGCUGACUAUUAUCAUAUAGUAAGAGUUGUGUUUCAAGUGCCUGUCAUGCAGUGUUUCAAACUUCUACCUCCAACAUGGACUUGUGGAACAGUUAAUGUAACGGCCUGUUCAUGUUUGCUGUGGCUGGAUGGUUCAGAAGAUUGUUUUUGGGGUUUGUGUGCAUUAUUUUAUUCGUAAAUUAAAUACAUAUACUCUAUAGAAAUAGAGUGAAUAGAAAGGACGUUGAACUGAUUGCUGUGGUCAUUUGACAAAUACAAAAAUGGCAAUUUUUGAUAUUAAUGGUGACAACACGUCAGUGGGGCAGUAACAUGUUUCACAGUCUUGUCUGAGAACGUCAUUUUGACCUAAACAUAAAAAUACAGUGGUACACCAGUCCAAGUUUCUCUCUUUCACCGAACUAUCAUUAGCUUCAUGGCCUUGUUAACUCAUUGUAAGGCAUCUAGGUAGUUGGUCCUAUGUUCCAACAAUCACCAGCUUCCGUUUGAUUGAAAUAAACCCUUAAUUCACUGAGUUAGAUGUGAAAACAUGCUAAGCUGGACACUGUUUAUCCCCGCGGUCUCCGCCUCUCAGCUGUCCACUGAGCAGCGGCUCUCACUCCUUCUGCAGAGGCAGCUACAGUACAUCAUCUUUCAACAAACAAGUAAAUGAUGCCAAAAAAGAAACAGGGUUAUGGUGACAUUUUAAAAGUAAUGGAUUGCUUUUUCGAAAACAUAUUACUCCACUGCUUUUGAUCGUUAAUGCAAAACCUCACGUCAGUGAGUUAGCAACUUGCCGGAAGUAUAUAGAAGUUUACAAACUACAACAAUUGCACUGGCAACAGUACACAUACAUUUACAUCUGUACCGUUGCACUGGCAACGGUACAGAUGUAGAUGUUUGUGGAUUUGAAUGCAAAUGUCCAUUCUACUCUCACUCUAUUUCUAUGGUAUCAUAUUUGCAGCAUUAUUAUACAACGUGAAGUUGUGUUUUUCUUGUACGACAAACACGUUUUGCAAUUUCAGUAUAAUUGUGAUACAAUGCGUUGGACAAUUUGUACUCUUUUUAAACUCUGUCUGAUCUCCAAGUUUUUCAAAUUGUGUAAUUUGGCCUCGGAGUCUUUUUGAGCAACCAGCUGAAUUACAUCAUGGUUUAUGUGACUAAAUGUCAUGAUAUCUAAUCAGCCGGAUUCUUAUCUGAAAGUGAAUGUGCAGUUCGUUCAGGCAAUGUGAGGCUUCUGUUAAAUCAAGCCUUAAUGUUGCUUCUCUUUGCUGCCUCUUUUCACGCUCUGUGUGUCUUUUGUACUGUACUGCUCCAACGCUGCAAAGUGUUACUUUACAGCUCUUUCUUUGUGCCGGUUAAGAUGUAAAAUGUAAUGUCAGCUUUCUGUUUCUUGAAAGAUGUAAAUUCUUUUUAGUGUAAUGUACAUUUGUGGUGCGUCUGACCUUUUUUUGUAUUUCAGAAACAAAAAAACUUGAUAAAACAACUGUAAACGUAAAAAAAAA